UGAAAGUAGGAUCAUCAUCUUUCCAGAGCCAGAGGCAGUCGGAAGCUGCAGGCUGCAUUGAGGUUCAACUUUUGACUUAUCACGUUGAUGUAUGGAAGCAUGGCUAUUCUUGGAGGACAUUCAGUAAUAAAUAGACAAGCAGCCAGUCUUCUUCUCAGUAGAACCAGACUGAUUUCCCUGGGAAUAGCCUCAAAUGGCAGCAGUAUUCAUAGGAAAGUAUCCAAACCCCAGCAAGUAGCUCAACAUGAUGUUAUAUUACAGAGCAGAAGAGGUUUCAGAACACUGAUUAACAAUGUAUCAAGUAAAAUUGCAAGUGUAACCAGUGGUUUCCGAAAAGGUAAUACAGGACUUGUGUUAGAAGGAGUGACAGGUCUACGACACUGCCCGUACCCAGCAUUGGUUUUGGGGGUUUCAGGACUUAUUCCUUUUGUAGGAGCCCCAGGAUUAAUGAUGAUCUUUGGACAGUCAUCUGUGGCAUUCUUAGCAAAUGCCCAGAUGGUAUAUGGAGCUUGCAUUUUGUCUUUCCUGGGUGGAGUGAGAUGGGGAUUUGGUGUUUGUGAAGGAAAGACAACUCCAAAAGAAUGGGACAACAUGAAGAAUAUGACAAUCAGUAUUGUCCCUUCUCUGGUGGCUUUUAGUGCUCUCUUGUGUCCUGAGCCUGUCUCACAAAUCAUUGUCAUGUUGGGGCUGACUGGAGUUGGAUGUCAUGAUGCCUUGACAGAGUCUUAUCCCGCCUGGUUUAGGGGUUUACGCAUGCUCUUGACAUUUGUGGCGGUCAGCAGUUUUAUUCUUACGUUUUCCUGCAAAUCAAGACUAAAAUCAAAAGACUCUCUCAAAGACUCAGAAACUUUAGCAGAUAGUGAACAACCACAACAGAUCUCUGGAAAGGUGGAAUAAAAAUUCAUAUUUAAAAUGUAUUUUGUGAGUAAUAUUUGAUUAAAUCAAUUGCCUAUGAAUUUGUUGACUGUAUGCAGUAAGUAAAGUUACUUGUAUUUUAUACAUGUAUUUAAAAAUUUGUGUUUGAAUAAACAUAGUUUAGAAUAAUGAUA